AUGACCAUUGCGUCGCACCCUCCCCUCUGCCCCUCUACCUGCACCACACCAUCUGAUUCCAGUAACCAUGGCUGCGUUGGCCUGAGUAGUCCUUUACUUGCAGAGACGGACGGCAAUGGCAACAUGAUGCCCUUCCCGACCGGCUACCUGCAUAUGAAGUUCGAGGACAGCCAGGCGGUUCUGGACGACUACUCGGACGUGGUCCUGUACGAGCGUGGCCACCUGAACCCGGACCAGCACCAGUCGCACCCCCACGACCGCGCUGCCACCUACACCCUCACCAACGUGGUGCCGGAGAUCCGCGAGUUCAACAUCGGCCCGUGGCGCGAGUACGAAGAGCGCAUCCGCAUCCGCCUCAACAACUACUGCCGCGGCACCGCCUUCAUCGUCACCGGGGUGAUCACCCGGGGCAACACCAUCCGCCGCAACAACCAGGACCGCGUGGCCAUCCCCGAGGACAUCUGGUCCGCCUACUGCUGCACCGACUACGAUCGCAACGCGCCGCACGACGUGCGCGCCCUCUUCCCCUCGCACGCCGCGCUGGCCAAGAACUCCAAGGAGGGCAACUCCGUCAUGGAGUACACGGUCACCGACCUGGAGAACCACCUGAAGCUGCACAUGGAGGUGGACAGCACGCUGCAGAUCUUCUACGACCACUGCAACGCGCCCACGCCCCUGCCCCUCUACCUGCACCACACCAUCUGA